GUACUUUCACUUAAUAAGGGACAGUAAACUGGUGCGCGUCGCUUUGAGGUUAAUUAGGCACUACCUGCUUUGUGCUUCUCCCUUGAUGAUUCAGGGAAGACCCUGAAUUUAUUUAGAAAAGGUGUAUAUCAUGAUCAAAGUGUUACCGCUGUGUCAAACAUUACCGGCCGGGGAAUGUGUUAUAAGUGUGCUAAAUGGUCCAAGAACCACUUCCUCGACCAGUAGUGGACAAUUGAGGGGACAAUAGACACAUCACAGAACGGACGAUCGCGGCUUACUCUAUUGUGUAACACGUAGCCAGGGGCAGUAUUAAAAGCGAACAGAUCGCACUGAUUACAAUUAACUAUCAGAAAAUAAGUGGUUGAAAAGACCAGAACCACACAAUUACGCCAUUGGCAAUUAUCAGUCGCGUUUGAAAGCUAAGGACAACAUAGCCACGGGUUAUUUGAAACCAAGAGCUCCUGGAGAUUGGACAGUACUUUACUACAAGCGUGUUGGCCCACUCCGUUGCUUAACGUCAGUGCUUUAGUAUAUUGUCAGCCAGCGAGAGGUGAAAAGCGCGGUGUACCAUGGCCCAGCUGAGCCCGAUCGCGACGUCAGAUACCCCACUCUCCCUCGCCGCGGCAGCAUACAAGAACCGACUGCUCCAGGACGGCCAAUUGGAUUCGCCGAAAAAAGAGAUCUUUGCGUCCGAGAUGCCCUCGGCGUUCGGAGCCUACGGUGCCACAGAGGACAGGCGAACCGACUUUGUGGCUCACACCAGUUUAGCACAGCUGGGGGUGAGCUCCGUAGGAUCUUCAUCUUUCUCCACGGCUCCCCGUCUCUCACACAACCCCAGCACGGACUUCCAACCGCCUUACUUUCCACCACCCUACCACAACCUACCGCCACAACAGGACUUCCAUCACCAUGCCGUGAAUGCAGCAGACCCUUACUCUCACUUCGCCAACAGUUUUCAACCACACCACCAGUACCCACAGCUCCAAGACUCCAGGAGUGUACUACGGCGGGAUGACCCGCUCUCACAAAUGCACCCCGCCCUGCCGGGACCCUACGACCGCAGGCUGUACAGUGGACACACCGUACCCCGGCCCGACCUUCACGGAGCUCAUACACACGGCCUAGACCAGGAAACAGCUCUCAGUCUUCAUGGAUCCUCCAUGUUGGGAAUCGAGGAUGGACAGGGUUCAGUCGAUGACUCUGGCAAUUAUAUACCAGGCGAUCAUAGCUCAGUCAUUCGCAAAGCGGGUAACAGAAUUAAGAGCGACACCAAAGACAUCGUGAUCUCAGGGGUAACAGCACCUACAGACGUGUUCUGUUCAGUUCCCGGGCGGCUGUCAUUACUUAGCUCUACGUCAAAAUACAAAGUCACAGUGGCAGAAGUGCAACGAAGACUCUCUCCCCCAGAAUGUUUGAAUGCUUCCCUAUUAGGAGGCGUCUUAAGAAGAGCAAAGUCUAAGAAUGGGGGUCGGUCACUCAGGGACAAAUUGGAGAAAAUAGGUUUGACUUUACCAGCUGGCCGCCGUAAGGCAGCUCCAAUAACUCUCUACUCCUCGGUGGUAGAAGGUGAAGCAAUUCGUUUGGCAAGAGAUUUUGGUUACUUGUGCGAGACAGAAUUUCCCGCCCGACAAUGUGGAGAAUACGUCGCCAGGCAAACCACCGACCCAUCUGACUGUCAUAACAGAAGAAAUAUGGUUCUAGCAUCUAGACAAAUUCUUAAAGAAUUGACUGAUCUCCUAAACCAGGACCGGUCGCCUCUUGGCAAUACGCGUCCACAGAUGAUAUUGGAUCCAAGCAUACAGCGACACCUGACGCAUUUUAGUCUAAUCACACACGGGUUUGGUUCUCCAGCAAUAGUAGCAGCAUUGACUGCUGUACAGAAUUAUUUGACUGAAAUGCUCAAAUUUAUGGACAAAAAUUACCCCAGCUCUCAAGGACCUACGUUAGGGGGCGGUGCAACUUCACUCGAUUCUAGCGGUAAACCAAAAUCUGAAAAGGACGAUUCGCGAAAAUGAAGAAGAAAGGAGCACACACCACCACUGUUGGGAACUUAACGGUGCCAGCUAGUGGUUGUCUUUGAAAAUGCAGGGAUAUUUUCUUACGUACGCAGCAGACGCUAAAGCUCUACGUCUUUACAGGGUCCUUUGACCUUUCACUUUUUUCAUUAUUGGAUAAUGUCGAGAUUGGCUUCAUGGGACGACUCAACAUCAAGUUAAAUUGGUGCUGCCAUGUUAUGCAAAGGACUAUUUGCGUCAGAACUUGUGAACGUGGUGUGACUGUAGAUACUAGGUAUUUAGAAAAACGGGGUAAUUGUAUAGCGACAGCCUCCAAACCAUUCCACAAUUUGCAGACUUUAUGUGGACAUUUAUUCUUUCCCAAGUAGGGAGACAGACUUUCUUCCAAUCCGAUAAAGAAUUUUUAAAAUUCCACGAAAACUAAGUUAUCAAAACAAGAGAGUAAGUGGAAUCAAGAGAGCGAUGAAACAAUCAAAACAUUGUUUUUAACAGUUCAUGACACUUCAGGGCUAUUCGAUAAACGUGUAAAUAUUGUGACUGUAAUUCUGAAUUCUCACUUUUUACGUAGUGUGCUUGCAUAUAAGAUGAUGGUCCAUGUUGAUAUAAAAUAUAUCUAUUACAAAGAGGAAUUAGGGAUAGAUGCCAUUUGAAUUUGCUACAGGUAGUUUGGCGAUUUAAGAACAAUCUGGAGUCUUUUUGCCAAUGUGCCUUUAGUAGGAGCAAAGUGAGUUCCCAACUUUAUUUUAGUUUGUACAUCUUUCCCAGAAGAUACUCAGCAAACGACGUUUGCGCAUGCGUCAAAUGGUCUCAGUCCCACCGUGCUUUUUGUCGCAAUAUUCCCAAUAAGAUGUCUGCUGCCUUGUUGCCUUUUUAUUUAAGUUGUUAUAGUCAUAAAAAGAUGGAGGAAGUUCUGCUGUUUAACCCCCAAAUUUGACCUGCCGAAAUUUCUGUUCUGUCACGUCUUGGUUUGUUUUGAAGUGACCAGUAGCUCAGUUCGCGCGCAAAAGAUGGCGUUGAAUAUGAAGAGAGCUAUUGGUGCUGAUAUACAACGAUUUGUAUUUCUAUUCAUAUAUGGUAGAUGAAAUUUGGGGGCUGAAUCAGGGAGGUAUUAUACCACGAAUGUCUUAUCAAAUGAUUCUAGUCGCAUAAAGUUAGAUAUUUUGAUAUUUUCAAAUUAAGAUACAGUAUGUCGUAUCCAGUCGAUCUAGCCAAUAUGUACAAUAUUUGUUUUUUUUGUUUUAUUCAGAGUCGGUCUUUGACUGAAUGUUUUUUCUUAAAACAAUGUUUGUAGACAUAUCACAUUUGAAGGUGCAUCUCUUCUAAUAGCGAACUUUUUUGAAGUUCAUUUGACAAAGAUAAAUAUAUCAAUAAAUAUAAUCUAGUGAAUGACAGAUCAUUUACCCCAAAGUGGGGGAAACAGCGAGUCCGGAGACCGUACGUAACAAUGACGUUACUUUGCUUUGACUACAUAAGAAAUUGUGGGCAAAAAAGGGACUGCCCAUCGUUAAGACUUUGUGAAAGUGUACGUGUAUGGCAAACCUCAAGCUCAUGUAAGUGAGGGUAUAGUAGAUAGCAAAUGGGCUUGAGCGGUGUGUGUUUAUUAGUGUUACCACCUUGUUUUGUAGAGGAGGUUGAGAUUUAGUCCUUUUUUGUGCAGUUUUCACCCAAUCCCUAUAUUGUCUGCAAUUCGUAAGCUUCCAGUUGUACUAUUAAAGGGCCUGUGUUUAAGAACACUUGGGCCGGGUGACUACGUAUAUAACAGUGCACACAACGAUCAAAUCGUACUUAAUGUUGACUAUAUUUAUAUUUGUAGACUUUGUAGAUUGAGGAAUAAUACUACAAAUUCGUGUUGACUUGUAAUAAAAUAUUUCGGGAACAACAUGA